CUACUUACAGUAAAAGCCAAUAUGGCAGAAAUGGCUGCACUCGCACCAUAACUGCACCUACAUUUCCAUUUCAACAUUAAAACACUUUUACUGUCGGUCCGCUUUCGGGAAAACGACCGCAGCCAUGAGGGAAAGACAGAAGAAGAAAAAAGGGAGGACGUGGGCAGAGGCUGCAAGAACGGUACUUGAGAAGUUUCCGAACACACCAAUGAGCCAUAAAGAGAUCCUGCAGGUAAUUCAGCGAGAGCGACUCAAGGAGAUAAGUGGGACCUCACCCCUUGCCUGCCUCAAUGCCAUGCUCCACACAAACUCCCGGGGUGAGGAGGGAAUUUUCUACAAAAUCCCAGGUAGAAUGGGAGUCUAUACACUGAAGAAAGACAUUGCGGAUGCGGUGAAAAAGCUAUCAGAGGAGGCUUCUGAAGACAGCAGUGAUGACAUGUCUACAGCACGGAACAGAGAAAACAACAACGGUGCCAGCAGCAAAGAGGGCAGAAAACAAAGGUGGAGGAGAAGAGGGACGUCAAAGCUACAGUCACAACCAUCUUCACCACAGUCUCACUGUUCUUCUCCUUCAGUCUCUAACAGCAAGCUCAUGUCUCCAUCACAGAAACAUAGCAAGAAAGCGCUAAAACAGGCUCUAAAACAGCAGCACCAGAGGAAUCAGCGGCGUCAGUGUGGACUCCCCACAACCUCCAGCCCUCGACUUCUACUUAAAACUGUCAAUAUGAGCGACUCAGCCUCCUCCAAAUCUGGCUGGGAGCCGAAACAGUCAGAACGCUGCUCUGCCAGUUCCCAGAACUCCACCUCUAGCUCCUCCUCCUCUGUCAAAGUUGAUGUGUGCCACACCACUGGUGCCAGGAACGUGUCUCAGCGUCCCAGUCGGCUCAGUGCACGCCAGCUGAGACGAACCAGGUGUGAGAUUGAUGUGGAGACACCUGAUUCCAUACUUGUCAACACAAACCUGCGGGCCCUAAUAAAUAAACACACGUUCUCCCUGUUGCCCUCAGACUGCCAACAGAAGCUUCUAAAGCUGUUACCAGAGAUUGAUCAACAGUCUUGUGUAGAUGGGCUUUUAAGGGCUAGUUCUGCUCUGAACAAUGAGUUUUUCACAUCUGCAGCACAAUCAUGGAAAGAGAGGCUGGCUGAAGGUGAGUUUACUCCUGAGUUGAGACUGAGGAUGCGGCAAGAGAUUGAAAAAGAAAAAAAGGUGGAGCAUUGGAAAGAGCAGUUUUUUGAAAGCUAUUAUGGGGAACAGUCUGGAAUGAGCCAAGAGGAAUCCAAAGAGCUGACAAAGAGCACUUGCAAACAAACUAAAGGUUCACCCAUAUCUGAUAAAUCAGAGUCAUGCACAGAAGCACAAAAGCCAAAUCGUACUGUUGAGGUGACUCAAAAAGAGCUCAGAUCAAGAGGGGUAAAAUUAACCGUCUUAAUAAGCCAUCAAGAACCAGAGUCAUCCUCUGAAGAUUCAGUCAAAGCCAGUCCUUCAGCUGUAGAUGAGUCAACUGCAUCUUCAGACACCAAGAUUGCAUUUUUGGAACAGGUGGAAUCUACAGCUGCUUUGACUAAAGUGGAAGAACCAGCAGUUUCAAGUGUAACAGGUGAAACGGUAGAUGAGCACAAGCCUGAUAGUUUAACAACUACUCAGGAAGGUGUGGUUACCUGUUCCCAAGGAAAGGAUACCUUGGAAAUUGAGUCCAUGAAGGUGUCACCAACCCCUGACUCUACAGUUACCACCGAGUCAUUAAAGAGAAAAGUCUCUGUUGAAUCAGAACUAGCAGAGAAGAAACCUUGUAUUGCUCAAACAGAGGGGUCACCCACAACAACGUCAACAACACCAGCACUACACAGAGUUCCCCCUCUCAAAAUCCCUGUGUCACGAAUCCUAUCUGCUCCUGAAGCCUCAGGCCAAGUCUCUCCAAGAGCUCCACAUCCUUUAACACCACCCAGCAUCCGCCCUGGAGGCACCGGUGCACGCACUUUAGCCGACAUCAAAGCUAAAGCAAAACUAGCAAGGGAACAGCGUGCUGCUGCAGCUGCAGCAGCCAACACAACAUUGAGAGGGACUUCUUCAGGAUCUAGCUCAGCUGUAGGUACCUCAACACCCUCCCCAUCUCGGUCCCUGUCAGAGGAGUUUUCACCAGCAAGCAGCAGAAGCCAGUCUGUGUCACCAGUAAAGACUAACUCUGCACCUCCUUUCUCUGAGAACGCAGGGGUUCUUUCACAAGCAUGUCCUUUCUCAGGUGAAAACCUUAGUACAAGUCUUUUAAAUGAAAAGCACUCUUCAGUGGUUUCGCAAACGCCUCAGUUGGUCUCAAACUCACAUCAUAGUCUCAAUGUAGAAGGAAUCCAAAAACCCUCUUUAAACGUGCCUGCACAGAAUCAGAAGGAACAGAAGGCACAUUUAACAGGAAGCUCAGUGUUCAAUUCUAGCUCAUUAAUCCCUGCUAAUAAUCCAUUGGUCACUCAGCUCCUUCAAGGUAAAGAAAUUCCACUUGAGAAGAUUCUUCCAAAACCACUUCCCAAAAAAUUUCCUCAUUCUGUAGCCAGUCCUGUAAAAGAAAAAGGGAAUCUUGGUAAUACCACUGUGGCGUUAAGCAAGGAAAAACCUCUAGGCACAGGGGAUAUUGGCAGGGCUAGACUCCAGGCUUCAAGUUCCAGACCUGGAACUAGUGUGGACAAGCUGGAUAAGAACACACAGGAGCGGAUCCUCCAUGUUCUGAGACACAGAAGUCAGCAGAGCAACAUCACUAUGUCAGUCUUGCAGCCGUCCAGUGUUGGGCCUAAACUGCUAGGUUAUGUAGAGAGCUGUCAAGACCAACCAAGGUUCCGGUUCGGCCUCGUUGGACGCAAGCGGAUGUCCAAACCUGCCAUGACAGGACACUACCUCCUAAACAUCUCUACAUAUGGUAGAGGGUCUGAGAACAGCAAGCGACCUCACUUAGCCAAUGUAAAGAAAGAAGAUGUAGGAGAGCUAAAAGAAGGGAGAGAUUUUAAAAGAGGUGUUUAUGCUUUUUCAGGGGGGCAUUCAAACCCUCCUGGGAUUCAGAUUGAACCCACAAAACCAGAUGAUGCACCAGGAUCCCACACACCAGAAUUCAAACACUGUUCUCAAAUAAAGUUGGAAUCCCAGUCAUUAAAUUGUUUAUCCAAGGCAGUAGAUGGGACGUCUACAAGAACCAAAGAAAUAUCUCCAGGAUCGCACCUUGAUAGUAAACAGGGUAUCUCAGGACCAAAUCAAUCAGACACAGACCCAGACAUGACCUCCUACCAGUCUCAGACAUCACACAAUCAAAAGGAAACCGUGACGGGUGCAUUAUAUGGCGGCACAGUCAGCAUGGCUAUGCCCCACGCAAUGAAUCACAGCACUGACAACAGAACCUCUCCUAAAGUUACAUGCAGUAGUGACAACGCCAAUGAGGGCAUGAUGUCAUUCUCUGUGACUGUCACUGCCAUACCUGCAGGGCAUCUUUUAGAUCAGGGUAAAGGGGAGACCUCACCAGAACAGACCUUCAUAGAAGCCUCUGGUAUGGAAGACGUCCAGUCAAAGUGCUACUGUCGACUAAAGGCCAUGAUCAUGUGUAAGGGAUGUGGGGCCUUCUGUCAUGAUGACUGCAUCGGCCCCUCCAAACUGUGUGUCUCGUGCUUGGUGGUCCGAUAGCGAUGAUGAUUAUGAUGACUGUUGGCAAAAAAAAUGUAAAGUCAGUUAUGCAGGGAUGGGCAUUUUUACAAAUGAAUUACUCUGCAGGGAAAAAAAAAGUGUGGGUCAGUGUGCAGGUACUUAGCACCAUAAAAGCAUUAGUCAUUUAGCCUUUAGACUUUUCUCUCAGCGAUUACUCAGAAGUAAUACAACUAACGUAUGAAUUUGAAUACAAUUAAUAUGCACGAAAACACCUUCUUGGCAUGUUAGCUCCUAGAAUGUGAGGUAAACCAGAAAUAAAAUAGCUGACUAAAUACCACAGCUCCCCAAUAAUACAAAUUCCCCCCCAAAAAACAGCUAGUGUAAGCUGUUAAAGUAUAACUAAAAUAGACUUGGGUGGAGGAAAGGGUAAAGCUGCUAUUUUGAGGGCAGGUUUGACAUAGACGCGCUCGGGUAGCUCGUCCAUAAAUUACGCUAGCUCACUACCGCUGGGAUCCGGAGUUGAAUCCCCUGUAGUACCAUCGGCUGGUAAGGGGUCUACAUACAGGCGGGAUUAGCUAGAUCUGAGCGUGGACUGGCCAAGGCCCCUUAAUAGAUUGGCAUCCUGUCUGGGAUGUGUCACUGCAUUGUGCCCAGUGAUUUUGGGAAAGCCGGACCCACCGUCAUCCUCACCAGUAUAAAGUGGUGUAAUAACGUGAAAAUGCAAUAAAAUAAUAUUGGGCCUAAACUUCCUUUAUCUUUCUGAUAUCAAUAAUCCCAUGAUACUUAAAUAACAUAGAAAAAAAUAAAUAGAAUAAAAUAUGCUUGGUUGGGUGUAAGUAAUAUUUGGAGGCAACCAAGUACAUUAUAUGUUUGGGGAAAUCUAGCUAGCACAGUUGCGCAAUUAGGUGCAUAAAGAACAAGGGACUGGCGGAAAGAUGCAUGCACAAAGCAAGGCAUAUUUUGCAAUCCAUCAUCCUAACCAUCAGCAGCUAGCAACAUAAGUUUGCGUGUUAUAUUUACAUUAAGAAAAGCAAAGUUAAUAAAGGCCCACAUGUUUCUUAUGCCAUGUAUUUAAGUCCUCAAAAAAGUAAACAUUGCGCUUAACAUUGCGCUUAACAACUUUUCAGAGUAACUACUAGUUCUUGUGCCCAUCCCUACAAGCCAGCAGGUACUACAAUUUGGCUCAGUGGUACAAGAAAACGUCUCACUGUGUUAAUCUAUGGAGCUGGAUCUAAUAUAUACAGUAUAUUACCCAGUCUGCCUUUCAUGCUGUCGCUCUUUCACAAAAGGAGAAUUUAAUGUACAUCAUUUGUGCAAUGCAGAUUAAUACUUCCUCUCUGACAAACUGAUCACCUAGUUUCAGACUUACUGAAUAGUAGCAAUAUGUAAACGCUACAGUCCUAUUCUCAUAUUUUUGUACAUUUUAGAAAACAUAGUAAGAGUAUGCUACUAUUUUUCUACAUGUAAAAAUCUUGUUCCCCUCAGCAAUCAUUGAUCUUUAAAUACUGCAAUUAUCUCCUUGAUCUUUAAAUACUGUGCAGCUUGUUGGAUUAGUAACAAUGAUAAUAUGGACUUACUCAAGCAAAGCACUUUUGAUGGAUAGUUUAAGCCUUAGUAACUAAUGAAAAGUCACACAAGCUAAAAUACCAAUUAUCUUUAAGAAUGACUGUGAAUGUUAAAGCUUAUUUAAAAGACCCUGCAUUAUGUCUAGGCUAAACAGUACUGUUCGACGUGAGCAGCGUCAGUGGCUGAUGGAGUUAUUUGUAGAGCAGAAGAGACUGAAUAGCACUCGGCGGAAAACAAUUUUGUACGUAGGAUGUGGAACUCAUUUCUGUUCCUAAUUGAAGGUGGCAAUAAUUUGUACAUUUAUGUUAUUUAGAACUGAUCUCAAUUUAAAAGCACAUUAAAGUCCCUUUUAACUAUCUAGAUGAAAAAUCAUAUCUAUGCCUUGUUAGAGUUGCACUUUUCUAUGAUGAAACUUUGAACUUGAAUGAACUGCUUGCUGUAUAAAGUAUGUUGUUAGUUUAGUAGGAUAAAAGCUGAAGCACUUCUCAAUCGAAUAAUGUUCAGUUCCCACUCAGGAGCACACCCAGGUCUUUAUCAUUUCACUAUUUGAAUCAGUUGAAUCACGUUUGUAUUGUUUACUGCCGAUACUCAAAGGAGUGUGAACUGACAAUGAAAUUCCAAUGCUGUACAUAUUCUUUAGUGUAUUUGAAGUUUUUAAAGACUAUAUAAAAGAUAUGUUGAUUGUUAGCAAUAGAAAACAGUAGAACACUCAAAGGGGAGGAUAUAAAGAUGCUUGUUUUUAUUGUGUAAAUAUUGGCUUUACUUAUUAUUAUUAUUUUUAACCAUUUACUGGAGUCCACUUUUUAUCUGACACAUUUUUAGAAAACAAAUCACACUAGAAUUUGUCUUUUAACUCUAAAUACUGCACUGUCCUAAGCGAUUCACUUGAGCAGGUACACUUUGUUAUGUAUGUAGUGUAUUAAACUUGUACAUAAAGGGUAUGCAUUUAUGCACCUAGGCAUCAAUCACUUUUGUAAAAUUUCUGCCUUUUUACUUAGGACAAUUAAAAGAUUUUGCUUGGUAAUAUACCAAAGUAAUUUAUGGGGAUAAGAUAAUCAGAUGAUAAUUACAUUUUGUUAGAAAUUUUCUGUAGUGUGAAAAGAUAAUAUAUUUUAUUAAUAUAUUUUAAUAAAAAUACUAUUGUUAUACAAAACAUUUAAAUAAACAGGGUAUUUACAAAGUCUUCUCUAUAUUUGCUGUUCAGUUUUAUUAUGCCUCUAUCGAGGGAGCAUGUAAAACUUGAUACAGUGUCUUUGUUCCUGAAUUCCUAUAAAUGUAAUCCCCUAAGCAACCUGUCUUUGUUUUUCUGGGUUUUUUUUUGGUUAUUUCACCUGGAAUACUUGUAUCUGUCUUUGUUUUUAAAGAAAAUACUUUCAUGUGGCAUUAUUGGAUAUCAUUGUAUAAAUCAUGUAUGACUGAAAGCUGUUACCCUCUCUUGUUAUCACUUUACAUUUACAUAUAUGUAUGGGUUCCACCCUGUUGUGUUUGUGGUGUGAGCAUAGAUUUCUGAUUCAGUAGUCUGUGUGGAGUGUCUUUGGGUAUGAGGGGAUUUUUCAGGUGACGUUGGUCUUUUUGUGUGAGAUUGUAACUGUAUACAAACUGCUUGUAUUGAUGUGUGCAGUAUAAAAUACAAGAUUACACAUCCAGUAGAGACUCGUAGGAGAACUGUGCUAAUUCUUUUCUUUCUUGAUUUUGCUUGAUUUAGCGUUUGAAAAAUAGUGAUUUCAUUUAAAAGAAACUUUGAUCUUAAUAUAUUUUUACAUAUCUAUAUUUGUAGAAAAAGAUCAUUUGGCUUGAAUUAAUAAGCAAUUUUAAACACACCCCUCUAUCCCCUAUCUGACCCCUCCAUCAGUGUCCGUAUGUCUGUAGUGGUUAUAGACAACAUAUUCAAUGACUAACAUGUUUUUAAGAAUAUAUUGCUCACACAAUUUUGAGAGGGAAGUUGUGAUUUUUACAUGCAAUAUUUUACAAGAUUUGGCGAUCAAAAAAACUCAUAGAGUGGGAUCCUUAUAAUGUGUCAUGUUUAAUUUUAAGAUUUAAAAUAUUUUAUGUUAUCUAAAGGUGAAUGUAAUAUACUAACUUUAAUCAGCACUUGUAAGCAAAUGUGUAUUUUAUUAAUAAAUAAUAAAAAUAAAAUGCAUCAAAUAAGCAAAUAGUGAUUGCAUUUAUUUUUGUCACUUGAUUUGCUAUAUUUUAUGUGUUAACAUAUAUUUAAUUUGGCUGAAUGUGCCAGUAAAUGAGUAGAGUGUAAAAUUUUCUUUUUUUUGUGUGUAUUAAAUUAUUUGUGUAAUUAUUUUUGUAUAUUAAAACAACAUUUUGUAAUAUUAUUACAACAUACUCUUAUAAAACUGGUGCUAAUUAUCUGUGUAAUGCUAUUUUAGGGCUCCCCCAAGGUUCAAUCAUAUAUCCCACUCUGUUUAAUUUACCACAUAUUUAAAUGGUAAUUAAAUGAAAAAAGAAAGAAAGAAAAAGUUUGAGAUGUGUUUGUUCUAGCAUGAUGAAUUUGUCUGU